UUGAAUUGUGCAUUGAAUCUGAAAAGCAGGGGGAAAGGAAAGAAACAAACCUACAGUCUCGAUUCUUAACCAACAACCAACUCUCCUCGACCAUUCGGUUUACUCGCUUCGUAACAAGCUGGUUUUUCGUGGUGUGUGUUCCUCGGCCUCGAGCAUGUGUCCCAUGUUUCCUUCCCUUGUUCAUUUACAUUAGUGUGCGCGCGCGUCUACACUCACUCGACCAACUCAACCAUACGUACGUAUAUGUCAUCGUUUGAUUCGUGUGCGUUCCCCAACUCCUGUGUGUGCAACCCGAUUGUACAUGUAAGAGUGUCGUCGUCGUCGUCGUCGUCCUGAUCAUCAGCAGUGCGCGAGAGAAAAAGAUUUUUUUUCCUCGCGGCUCGCAAUGCUACGAGCAUGUUUUUCCGACAUUCAGGCAGAAUAGUGGCAUGAGUCGAUUAAUCUAUGGCAGAUCAACAAGAUCAGUCGUCGUCUGGGGGGUCUGUAGAGAAGGCCAGUGCUUCAGCAGACACCUCUAAAUUAAGGGGGAAAAGCUCUAGCAGUGGCAGCAGCGGAAACAGAAAGAGGCAGAAUAGUGCUGCCGUCCCAAUUACGCUUGAGGAGAAACGUCGUAAGCAAACUAUUGGAGAACCACAGACAUUGCAAGUUCUUCAAGGAACCUCUUCAUCAUCGCAACGCCGAUCUGUUGAUUCUUCAAAAGGUGAAAGUCGAACCCGAGGAGAGCGUAAGGGACAUGGCACUGGUUUAGGAUUACUCUUAGAUACAGAUUGGAGACAGCGACAGAAGUCGCAGCAGUUGAAUACGAUUGGAGGAAGCACCGUUCGGAUUCGAAGUAGUACAACGAAAAAUAGCUCUUCCGAUUUGAAUUUGGCAAUUGAUUGUGUCGCAUCAAGGACCCGAUCACGUGCACUGAUAAAUACUCCAUUUUUAUCGAAACCAAACACUGGAAUCGAACUGCCCCUAUCAAGUAAUCUCAAUAAUAGAAAAACUAUCACGAGUCAUAGUAGCUUGACACCGUCAUCUAGCAGUACUUCUAUUUCUAACCAUCCAUCUACAUCCAAAGGCAGAGGCCAGAGGAUGAGCGAAUGUCUGGAUGGAUUUGUGUCUGCUGUAAAGGCACUUUUUCCCAUAUCGACACAAACCUAUCAUCAAGAAGGUAACAAAAGUCAAAGUGGAAGUAGUAGCUGCUUAAACAGCAGUACGAGUAGUCAAGCUUUUGGUGUUAAGUCAAGCAUCAGAGUGGGUAACGCAGCCAGUAACGCUGUUGAGAGUAGCGGGGGGGCAUUGGCACAUGAGGGGGCAGGCACUAGUGGCACAACAACAGCAACAGCCACUGCCAAUCCGUCUGUGUCUGCCGCCGCUGCCAACCCUACGCCUCUCUCAAAUUCAACGCACAAACAUUUAUUGCGUUCACGUGUCAAACUUGUCAGUGAACAGACCAAGGAUUGGCCAUCCACCAAGGUUUCCGGGAAGCAUCACAAAAAAGAUUCAUCAUCUGGCUCCUGUUCCAGUUCAAGACAUCGAUCUUCGUCGCGAGCUCGAAAAGCAGCAGCAGAUACAAAUUCUGGAGGUGCCAAUACUUUAAUUCCAGGAUUUGAUAUAGUUACAAAUAGUACAAUUCCGGCAUCAGUUGCAUCGUCUGCACCCAGCAGUCAAUUGACUUCAAGCACAACAGGCGAAGAGUCAGCGUCAACAGCCAGUUCAGCAACUGCAAGCGGAGGUCCUUCUGGUAUGUCAGCGACAACAGGUGAUAGCGAAAGUGACGAUGGCGAGGUUGGAAGACUUCAGGCACUUCUCGAGGCGAGAGGACUUCCACCCCAUGUUUUCGGAGCUCUUGGUCCUCGAAUGCAGCAUUUGCUCAACAGAAGUAUGGGCGCCAGUUCUGCUGCGAAAGCACAACAGCUCCUCGCGGGAUUACAAGCCGUUGACGAUGAGGGCGAACAACUUCAGGCUGUAAUUGGAAUGGGAGAAAUUCUCGUGAUGGGCAAUGAAGAUACACUACCUGGUUUCCCAGUGAAACAAGUUGUUGCCGCACUGAUAAAUCUCCUCGGUAUUGAGCACAAUUUUGUGAUAAUGACACACGCGUGCCGUGCAUUGACAUACAUGAUGGAGGCAUUGCCACGUUCAUCAACAGUUGUCGUUGAUGCGGUACCAGUUUUCCUUCAAAAACUCGAAUCAAUCGAAUGUAUGGACGUUGCCGAACAAUGUCUCACUGCACUCGCAAUGUUAUCACGUCGACAUAGCAAAACAAUUCUUCACGCUGGCGGUGUAUCGGCAUGUUUAAAAUUUGUCGAUUUCUUUAAUAUCACCGCUCAACGUGCGGCAUUAACAAUAACAGCAAAUUGCUGUCAAAAUUUACAUCCCGAUGAUUUUCAUCUUGUUGCCGAAAGUCUACCUUUGUUGACAAGUAGACUCGCGAAUCAAGAUAAAAAAAGUGUCGAAUGCGUUUGUCAAGCUUUCAGUAGAUUGGUGGAUAGUUUUCAGCAUGAUCAAACGAUGCUUCAUAAAAUUGUCAACGCUGAGUUAUUACAGAAUUUACAACAAUUGCUCAUGAUAACACCACCUGUUAAUAGUAUUGGAAAUUUCAUAACUGUUUUAAGAAUGCUUUCGGCAAUAUCAAAUCGUUGUCCCGAUUUGGCGCAAUUACUUCUUCAGCAAAAUAUUGCUUUCACCCUCAGCUAUCUUCUCACUGGCUCUUUGGAAGUGAAGACAGAGGAUGUGGAACUUGUUUCACGCUCGCCGCAGGAAUGGUUUGAGAUUACUUGUCUCAUUGAGGAAUUAAUGCCACCAUUACCCACUGACGGAAUAUUUAGUGUUAAUAGUUUAUUAGAACGGACAAAUAAUCAACAGGAGACUGUCCAUUGGGAAUGGCGAGAUGAACGUCAUUGCUUUCAUCCGUUUAGCACAAUUGAUUCGCGCAUCAUCGAGAUGGCCUUCCAGAAUGGAGAAGAUGAAAUUUGUUUGUCGACCUUAGGACGAACCUAUACGAUAGACUUGACUGUGAUGAAACAAAUAAAUGAAGAUAUGGGAAUGGCUAGAAGCAUAUUCCGUAGAGUUAACACUAAUCCCACCGAGGGAAAAAGUCCAACCUGUUCAUCGAGUAUGGACGUGGUACCACCGGUGAUUGAAACGAAUGAAUGGUUAGUGUCCUUCAUUCGUACACUUUUUUCCGUUUUGUAUGAAGUUUAUAGUAGUUCGGCAGGACCUGCUGUUAAACAUAAAUGUUUAAGAGCUUUAUUGCGUAUGGUUUAUUACGCGUCAACGGAUCUUCUUAAAGAAGUAUUAAAAAAUCAAGUUGUCUCGUCACAUAUCGCUGGAAUGUUGGCGUCACAAGAUUUACGAAUUGUCAUUGGCGCAUUACAAAUGGCGAGUAUUCUCAUGAAAAGAUUGCCACAAGUUUUUGGCGUGCAUUUUCAUCGCGAGGGAGUAUUACAUCAAGUGAGACAAUUGGCCGAUCCUGAAAUUCCACUCGGCGUGUCGCCGCCUAAGUGCUCUUCUAGUACAUCUUUGCCGAGUCCACAACCAGGACCGUCGAACACUCCUCUCUCGACAACUCCCCUUUCGUCAAGUAGCGCUACGUCCCCCAUUGCUUCUCCCAUUACAAAUGGCAAUAUUCUAUUUGGAACAAUAGCUUCGAGCCAACUGAAACCAAAUCUUACUGCCACUAUGGAAACUCGUAGUCGAAGUGACUUAACAGUUAGCAUCGAUGAUUCCAACACACCACCAAACGCUCAUUUAAGAAUUGGAGACGUUUUGAAGAGGAAACGACAGAAUAAGAAGAGUCGUUUCUCGCGAUUGGGAAGUGGAACACCGCAACAGCCACAGCAACCUGAAUCAUUGUUCACUGGUUUUGCGCCAAAGAACAGUCGCUUUUUAGGCAAUUUAAAUCCAGCGCGAUGGGGUAAAAAAUCAUCGUCAUCAAGUUCGAGUAGUGAUAAAAGAGACUCGAGUUCGUCCACUAAUUUAGUGAAACCCCCAAGUAAUCCCAGUUUAACAGGUGGAAAUCGCGAUAAAGCGAAGGCAUGGGUUCGCGAGCAGGCCUCACAAUUUUUAGCGAGAUAUCAAGACGAUGCGCCAUGUACUCAUCCCGCUUUAACCGUUCUUGCCCGUCUCACAUCCGCCAUUCAACGUUUGCAAUCGAGUGCGAAGGAAGAAAUGUUUUCAGCGUUGACGGAACUUCGAGACAUUGUUUUAGAGAAUGAUAUUUCCCCGUUCGAAAUGAAUUUCAGUGGCCUCAUUAAAGCUUUGUUGAACUACCUCACAACAAACGACGCUCCUGGAAAUAGAUACGAUCGACUUCGCAUGUUCUGGAAACUUUUUGCUGAGUCGACUGUUCAGCAGGAAAACAAUUUGAUGGAUUUAAAUCCCGGAGCAUUCGGUGCUUUAGUCAUGAAACUGAAUAGCUGUGUUGCGCAAUUGGAACAAUUUCCAGUUAAAGUCCACGACUUACCAGCUGGUUCUGGAGCUGGAAGGGGCAGUGUAAGUGCCCUAAAGUUUUUCAACACGCAUCAGCUUAAGUGCAAUCUCGUGCGACAUCCGGACUGUAAUAGUAUGAAACAGUGCAAAGGAGGUCCAGUUAAAGUAGAUCCUCUUGCUCUUGUACAAACAAUAGAACACUAUCUUAUGUUGCCAAAGUGUGAAAAAAUAAGAGACGCUGAGUCAAUGGCGAGCGAGGAAGAAAAUAGCGAAGAAGAUGCAGACGAUCGUUUGCCUAAUCAAAAUUCGGGUAAACACAAAAUCGAAUUACUCAUUGGAAAUGAAGUUUUACCAUUCGAUAUGACUGUUUAUCAAGCUGUUAGACAAUUUGGUUGUGCCGGAAAUGAUCAUUCCGAAGCUGACGCCGACAGUGAACCGCCUCUAGGUCAAGACGCUGUUUGGAUGCAAACGCACACAAUUUAUUACAGACGCAUUAAUAAAGAUGAAAAUUCAACAUCACCAAAACCGGGUUCGAGCUCUCAAUUGAGCAGUCGAAAGGGAAAAGGUAAAAGUACAAAAAUCAGCUCAAAGAGAAAAGAGGACAGCCUCUGGCAAGAUGGAACUAUACCGACGCAAGUUUGUCCUCUAGCUCCAUAUCUUUCUCCAACUUUACCCCCACUCGUGACGAUCUCAGACGCAUCAUUAGAUGGACUUUGCCUACUGAGACUCCUUCAUGCUCUCAAUAGACAUUGGGGUGUUCUCUUUCCACAUUUAAAGAGUACAAGCCUCUUAUCAUCGCAAGACUUUAUCAAUAAUAAAAUUGCCGCUAAAGCAAGUCGUCAACUUCAAGAUCCCCUCGUCAUUGUCACUGGAAGUCUACCCUCUUGGCUACAGCAAAUCGCUACCGUUUGUCCAUUCCUGUUUCCGUUUGAUACGAGGCAACUUUUACUGUACGUAACGUCCUUUGAUCGCGAUCGAGCGCUUCAACGUCUUCUAGACUCCGCCCCUGAAAUUACAGGACCUGAUAGUCAAGAACGCGUUACUCCACGCUUACAAAGAAACAAAAAACGAAUAUCGAGAACUGAUAUCUUAAAAGAAGCUGAACGAAUCGUUCAAGAGGUUGGAUCAAGCAAAGCACUUCUUGAAGUUGAAUACGAAAAUGAGGUUGGAUCUGGCUUAGGGCCUACAUUAGAGUUUUACGCACUCGUUUCUAAGGAACUACAACGCGGCGAACUUGAAUUAUGGCAUGGAACUUCAAGUCACGAUGGUUAUAUUAAUAAUCCUCAAGGUCUUUUCCCCUCACCGAUACCAUGGAACACGAGGGUUUCACAACUUGCAAAAUUAAAAAGCAAAUUCAAAUUUCUUGGAAAAUUCACUGCGAAAGCUAUUUACGAUUCGAGAAUGUUGGAUUUACCGUUUAGCAAGAGUUUCUAUCGCUGGCUCUUGUCUGAGGAACAAUCAUUGGGUCUACCGGAUUUAGUUCAUUUAGAUGCAGAUGUUUAUCGUUCUCUAAGCAAGCUUCAAGAGGUUGUGAGACGAAGAGAAGCAAUUGAACGGGAUCCAAGUUUACGAUCCAGCGAGAAAGCACAAUUGAUUGAAGCCCUAAGUUUAGACGGGUGUCGUAUCUGUGAUCUUGGUCUUGUUUGCGAAUUGCCCGGUUAUGAAAAUAUUGAACUCAGAAAAGGAGGAAGUGAAAUUGCAGUCACUAUUCACAAUUUGGAGCAGUAUAUCAAGUUGGUAGUGCACUGGUUCUUAUACGAAGGAGUCUUUAAACAAAUGGAAGCAUUCCGUGAAGGUUUUGAAUCUGUCUUUCCUAUUGGACAUUUAAAACUUUUCUUCUCAGAAGAAUUCGAGGCCGUCUUCUGCGGUCAUGUGCAAAAUGGAGGACGAUGGGAUGUGAGAACUUUACACGAUUGUUGUCGGACCGAUCAUGGAUAUACACCCGAUUCAAGAGCCAUACAAUUUUUGUUUGAGGUCAUGUCUGAAUAUAACAGUGAAGAACAAAGACAAUUUAUUCAAUUUGUCACUGGAUCACCGAGAUUGCCCGUUGGUGGUUUCAAAAGUUUAACUCCACCGUUAACGAUAGUGAGAAAGACACUCGAUCCUUCAAUGAGAGCAGAUGAUUUCCUGCCAUCAGUAAUGACUUGCGUGAAUUAUUUAAAACUGCCAGAUUACACGUCUCUUCGGAUAAUGCGCGACAAAUUAAGGAUAGCAUCACACGAAGGACAGCAUUCGUUCCAUCUUUCAUAGAAAUUUUCAUCAUCAACAAUAACAACAACAACAAGAAAAUUUGUGACACGCCGAAGAAUUCAUCACUUUUUCGCGCGCCCUCCCCCCAUUUUUCCGGUUCCGAAAAUAACCAAUAACACACACUCACAAACAUAUUGAAUUCGAUCUGACAAUGAUUAGAAGAUUUAUUAUUAUCAUCAUUUUUUUCAUAAAUUUUCCGAUUUUUUUGCGAUUCAAUUUAUUUUUCGUUUUGCUCUUCUUCAACAUUUCAGUCGAAUAAAAUAAAAAAAUAGUUUUUUUGAUGUCGAUUUCUCACGUCUAACUACUACUACAACCCCAUUUCGAUUUGGGCCAAGCUUUUCGAAAAUAAAUAAGGGUUUUUUCUUUUGUUCGUGAUAAUCUCAAAACUCUGAAUUGUGCUUGUCGUUGUGGUCUGGUAUUUGUCUUCGGUGUUUUUUUUUUUAGAAAUUAAUCGCAAUUGAGAGACAGAAUUUUGAAGACAAUUGUAAAUACCUAGAAUUACGUCGAAGCAGUUUGAUAUACGCAAGUCUAUAUAUAAAUACUUUAUAUUACGAUAUAGUAUGAAUAAAAAGAAACAAAAAUCAGUACUGCUUUAGAGAUCGAGUUAAAAAAAGAGGAAAACAAAAAAAAACAGAAAAGGAAAAAAAACCCGAGGGCGUUUACCGUAAAUAUUAAGAGUAAAUUUUAUAUCAGCGAUGCUUUUGUCGCGUCGCCACGUGUCGCUUGAUUUCUUGACUCAUUAAUCAAAGGUGGUCACAUUUCAAGAAAAUAGGACAUGUACGGUCGACAUGACCAAACUUCUAUAUAUAUAUAUAUAUACAUAUAUACAUAUUAACGAUAAACGGUAAUAGAUACGCGUCUCGUAUUCAUUUUUUUUUUCUUUCCCUAAUUUUUUUUCGUUUUUUGUAAUCGAUCUCUUUGUGUUUCGUUGCUUCGCGUCAUCGACGCACUUUAAAAAGUCGUGUGUACGACACUGUUCUCGUUUUCUUUUUUUUUCUUUUUUUUUUUUAUUUUUAAUCGAUGUACCACGUUCAAUUUAUUAUUUGAUAUUUCUAUUCGUAGGUAAGAUAGUCCAAUUAUCUCUAAGUUUAAGGGUACGGCCAAUGCAUCAUUAGACUAAAUUACAAUCGAAAAAUGAUUGUCUCUUUAUUUUAGAUUUAAGACCAUAAAUUAUUUUUAUUUUUGAAACAUUUUUUUUUUUGCAUUUCGUUCAAUGUAUAUUUUUUUAAAAGAGGAAAAAAAAGUCUCAUACUUUAUUUUUUCUUAAAAAAUAAUAAUUCUAGAAUUCAUUUUUUGCUUCAUUAUUUUAAAAUAGGAAAAAAGAUUGUGGUGGUUUUAAUCUUUUCGGUGAGUUUUGUUGAGUAUUUAGUCUAAUGAUGAGCAAGGGUGUUUAUUAAAUUUGGCAAUGUUAAUAUAAUGAAAAACAUGAUAUGUUAUCCUUGUAGUCUUUUUAAAAAAAAGUGAAUAUAUGAUUGUUUUCUUUUUUUGUUUUUUUUUUAAUUCAUAUUCGAAAAAUUCGUGUUGAAUCCAAGUUAUUGUAAGGGAUAAUUAAAAAAAAUUAUUAAAAGCGGAAAUUGGUGCAAGAGUCAAGUUGGAAGUUUUUGAGAGCUUGAGAUUCGAUCUGGAACCGCGUCAUAUUCGUAUUAUAAACAAGAGUUAUAUUUAUAUCGAUCUUAUUAGCAUAAAUUAAUGAAGUUUAUUUCAAUUCGAAAAAAACACUGUUUCUUUGAAGUCCUUCAAUAAACGCAGUCGUAACAAAA